GUUGGAGCUGAGAGUGCCUGAGAGAGAGUUCCCUCCUGCUACCUGUUGCUCUUCUUCACCUUCCUCUGCUCCACUCCUCUUCCUCCGCCACCAAAGCGCCUGUGUUCUGCAACCUGCUCUCUCUCUACUUGGGAAGUUAUCGGGUUAUGGACUGUUGUGAAUAAGCCAUUCACAACCACAUCUAUACAGCUAUACAGCUUUUUAUCUCAGUCUAAAAAACAACACACCAACCAGCAAUGGGGAAACAGAACAGCAAGCUCCGUCCUGAGGUGAUGCAGGAUCUCGUGGACAGCACAGACUUCACUGAGCACGAGAUCCAGGAGUGGUACAAGGGCUUCCUGCGAGACUGCCCCAGCGGCGCUCUCUCCCUGGAGGAGUUCAAGAAGAUCUACGCUAACUUCUUCCCGUAUGGAGACGCCUCCAAAUUCGCAGAGCACGUCUUCCGCACCUUCGACGCCAAUGGUGACGGAACGAUAGAUUUCAGGGAGUUCAUCAUUGCACUGAGCGUUACGUCCCGCGGCCGCCUGGACCAGAAGCUGAAGUGGGCCUUCAGCAUGUACGACCUGGAUGGCAAUGGAUACAUCAGCCGCGACGAGAUGCUGGAGAUUGUGCAGGCCAUCUAUAAGAUGGUUUCCUCGGUGAUGAAGAUGCCGGAAGAUGAGUCAACACCAGAGAAGCGCACAGAGAAGAUCUUCAGACAGAUGGACACAAAUCGUGAUGGCAAGCUGUCUCUGGAGGAGUUUGUGGAGGGAGCGAAAAAUGACCCGUCCAUCGUCCGGCUGCUUCAGUGUGACCCCAGCAGUGCGGGGCAGUAAAGCAGCUGUCUCUGGGUGACAGACCUCGUCCACUGUCUCAUCUGCCCUGUAUCUGUUCAGCUUCAAGCUCCACCACCAUGCACACCAACCCUGGUUUCAUCCACUGUACACAGCAACAGUCCUCAGCAACAGUCACUGGCGUGGCUUCCUUUGCUCAGAGAGACACGCACGCACGCGCGCGCACACACAGACACACACACACACACACACACACGCGCACACACACACACGCACACACACACACAUGGCACACACACACACACACACACACACACGCACACAGACACACACACACACAUACAUAACAACAUCACAACUCUCAGUGCAUGUCUCUUUUAGUCAGAUGUCUGCCAUGCUUCCAAACCUUGCUAAUAAGGUCCAAUCGAGAACUCUACAAUCAAAGCCACAGUACUUCAAAGUAACCCGUACGGUUAAACAACAAAACAGAAAAGGACAGAGGCUGAGGGCUAGGAAACCCAAAGAGAGUGUUCUGGAGUGGAGAUGGACUGCAGCCCAAUUGCGGCUGCCCAUCAGACUGUGAAACAAAUGCCUGAAUGUGAAAUGGCAUUCUAGGUUUUGGAUUCCUCUCACCGCCACUGAUCUAACCCUUGAUGUGUGAGAGGGGCUCUGUUGAAGUAAGGCAAAUGUGAAAAUGUAUUUUUUUUUGUUUUUUUGGAAAACAAAGAAGUGUAUGGUUCAUUCAAUUCAAUAGCAAUCAAGCACAUGCUAAAAGAUAUCAUUUUUCUAGAGAAACCAUGGUAGUACUUUACUCUCCAUUCAGAAUUAAGAGCCCAUUGGAGAGUAAGGGCAACCCAUGCAUCCAUCCAGUGGCACUGCAAGUCACAGGGUGACAUGAAAUAUCCUUGAGCUUGACUUUUCUGUUACACUGGUUGUUUUAACCCAAUGGAACUUGUUAUUGCCUCUUUCCGAAUAUGCAUGAAAACUUCCAAAUUAGGAGAUCAUACUGUAUAUCACCGAGAUUUGUAGCAUUCACACUCUCUUUGAGCUCUUUCAGAGAGGACUCGUGGACUUCCUACGGCUGAGUAGAGCCACAUCAUAUUGGAUAAAUGAAGGCAGGAAAAUCUAGAUGGAAGUAUUAGAUCAUGGAAACAUUUAGGAUAUAUAUAUAUAAUAUAUGUAUAUAAAUUUAUUCUUUUACGUGGUGAUAAAGGUGGUAUUUGCCACACUAAAAGAGAUUCACUUUAAAAUGUUCAAAUGUUAAUUAUUGAAAUAUGAAUUUGUUUUUGUUUUUUCAUUUCAAAACAACAUGAUAUUCACAUGUAAAGUACAUACAUAUUUAUGUUAGGAAUGUAAAGGCAAAAAAAGCAAGGACCACACAUUUUGCUAUGCAUAUACUUUUGUACACCCUUUAGAGCAAAUGCAUAUGUUUUUUUUAAAAACAAUCUCAGAAUCACACAUUUAUUAAUUUAAUCUGCAGAGGUUUAUUAGUAUUAAAAAGGCAUGAAUGUGUGCAUCGGUACUCCUUGUGUACAUAGUGUAAUCUAAAUGUUCAUGUCCCUCUUCCCUGUAUCGUACAGUAUACCCCAUCAGUGCACCUGUUGGGAAAGGCCUCAAUUCUGUAGACCUCUGUCUUGGUCCUGCAAUUGAUAAAAAAAGGUUAUCUACCUUUAUUUGAAUUGAGUUAAAGACAUAUUUCUAAUGAAAAAAAACACAAGGACAAUUUAUUGGGCGAAUUGAUUGAGGCCAGGCUUCCCCGCAACCACACAAUCUCUUGCACUGAAUGCACUUCCAGUCAAAAGGAAUGCUAGACUAAUCCUAGAGAUUUCAGCUGUGCAUUUUUAUUUCUAUUUUUAUUUUAUUUUAUUGGGUCUUUUGUGUGUCUGUCUGGCUUUCAAAUAUGUGUGAUGAAGCAUGCAUGUAUGGUACAGCUUUGAUGAACCAGUGUUUUAUCUGCAUUUGCGAUCCCAUGGCUCUUUUUGAAACAGACAUGUUAUGUGUAUGCAACUCGUCAUAACAGACUAAUAGCAUACCUGAUGGAAAGGUCUUGGGCACCUUAUUAUCUGCUUGAAGAGCAUAAGAUGAAUCCCACAGUUUUCAGUAUGAAGGGGAUGUGUGUGAAGGUGUGUUAAUGCUCUCACACACACACACACACACACACACAAACACACACAUACACACAAACACUGAUCAAACUCAGGGUCAUCCGUAGAGUUUAGGUGGAUUGAGGUGAAAGACUAGCUCAAACAGACGGGAAGAGUAAGGCCAAAGUGAUGUCUGUUUGCAGCCAGAUGAUAAAAAUAUUUACACAAAGAACCAAAAAAAAUGACAUAUCGUUUAAACAUACUUAAGUUACGUGCGCGCACAGCACAGUCUCACUGCAUUUCAGACCACAUUCUAAAGAAGACAUUUUUAUUCCUCUUCAAAUGGCCACUAGGCCAAGUACAGUAGUUUACAGCCAUGAUCAACACUGGUUAUCGGACUGUGGUGAAUGCCUACCAGCAGUUGCUGGUUUGUGGACAUGGUCAUUUCAACCAUUAAAAUUGGUUAAUUAAAAACAAGACUGUAAUCUGCGGAAAUGAUGACUGAUUUUACAGCAUUUUGGGCAUUUAACAUUUUUUUCCUUCUUUGCAAAUACAGCAUCAGGCAUUUCACUUGUGUUAAUCACAGAGUAGCAACAUGUGGUCAAGUGCCAAAUAUACGAUAAACCAGUAUUGUAUCAAUUUA